GCGUUAAUUAAUUUUCCAGUUGAAAAAUAUAUUUUCAAAGAUUUGUAUCUGAGUAAAGAAAGACGGAUCUGUACUAUAAUUUUUCUUUGUGCCAAACUGCAUAUUAAGCUAUGAAGAAGAAUAUGGGGAGCAGCAGCUUGCACUCUAUGAUCCCAAUAUCCACAAAACUCCCAGUAACAGUAUUCAUCUUUACAGUGUUAUCUGUUUUAAGCUCAUCUGGUUGCGAAGCUGCCUCUCCAUCCUGCGGUAAUAUCUUAAACAUAAGCUGUCCUUUUACACUGAAAGGUGAUGAUCAGAAAUGUGAUGCUUCUUUCAGCUAUGAGCUGUCCUGCAUCAAUAAUCGUACCAUUGUAUAUUUAAUUCCGGAUAUAUACUAUUAUGUUGAGGGUAUCAAUUAUCAGGAUCUUUCGAUUAGGAUUGUUGAUCCAGGCCUUCAAAAGAAUAAUUAUUCAUCUCUUCCGUCUCAUUUUAUCUCAGAGGGUGACUUGAUGAUAUCACUUUUCUACAGGACAGUUUUAGGGGAAUUGAAUCAGCCCAUUACAAUGAUAGAAUGUCCGUAUCCUGUAAUUUCUGCCCGAUACAUCAAUAUUUCUUACCAGAAUUCUUCUUUUUAUUCUUCCUCUGUGUUGGAAAAGUUUUAUGUUUAUUCUUAUGCUUAUUUAGUAGUUGGAUCCAUAGAUAUAGUUGAACUAGAGGAUAAUUGUAGAAUUAACAACAUGAUUUGGGUCUCAAACCAGUCGUCUUUAAGUAACGUUUCCUCUCGUAUUUCUGACAUUCAUGAUGCCAUGGUUUAUGGAUUUGAUCUUUCUUGGCGUUACUUCUACUGCUUAAAGUGUGGGGUGGGUGACUACUGUGAUACUACUGCAUUGGACCAUCAUCUUUGGAAUUGCGAAUCCUAUAGGCAGUGCGACCUCAGUAAUCCAAGUUCAUACCAUUUUUCAAUUUCGUGCUUGCGCGAAAACUGGCAUGGAAUCGUUGAGUAUUUUGAACGUGCAGACAUUCAGAGAAGGAUUAGUAAAAUUGCAGGAAUAAUAUUUGCUGCAAGAUUUUCUUUAGGACUACCCUUUUUACUAGCCUUGGUGGCUUAUAGCGCUAGGAGAAGACAUUUAUCAAUGUAUGACACCAUUGAGGAUUUUCUUCAAGCUCAAAACAACUUGAUGCCUAUAAGGUAUACGUACUCAGACAUUAAGAGGAUUACCAAUAAUUUUAAAGAAAAACUAGGUGAAGGAGGUUUUGGGACUGUAUAUAAAGGAAAGCUUCGCAGUGGUCUUCUUGUAGCAGUGAAGAUAUUGGGCAACUAUAAGGCUACCGGGAAAGAAUUCAUUAAUGAAGUCGCUGCAAGUGGUAGGAUUCAUCAUGUCAAUGUGGUGGAACUCGUCGGCUUUUGUUUUGAAGGUCCAAAACGUGCUCUAAUUUAUGAGUUCAUGCCUAAUGGAUCGUUAGAGAAAUACCUUUUCUGUAAAGAAGGAACAGAAGAAGAAAUGGUUUCUCUGAGCUGGGAGACGAAGUAUGAAAUUUCAUACAAGGUGGCAACUGGAAUUGACUACUUACAUCGAGGUUGUGACAUGCAAAUUUUGCACUUCGACAUCAAGCCUCACAACAUUCUUCUUGAUAAAAAUUUCAAUCCAGCUAUCUCCGACUUUGGGCUAGCAAAACUAUUUGCCACAAAUGAUAGCAUUGUAACUCUCACUGCAGCGAGAGGAACAAUGGGGUACAUGGCUCCGGAGAUGUUUUACAAAAAUAUUGGUGGAAUUUCAUACAAAGCCGAUGUUUAUAGUUUUGGAAUGCUGCUCAUGGAAAUGACGGGACAGAGAAAAAAUUUAAAUCCGUCUAUGGAUCAUGUCAGCCAGAGUCACUUUCUUUCAUGGGUAUACGACCAAUUCAGCGAAGGAAAAGAGCUCGAGAUGGAAGAUGUUACCGAGGACGAAAGGAAGUUGGUAAAGAAGAUGAUAAUAGUAGCAUUAUGGUGUAUACAAAUGAAGCCAAGUGAGCGCCCUUCAAUGAACAAAGUUAUUGAAAUGCUGGAAGGAGACAGUGAGAACUUGACAGUGCCUCCUAAGCCUUUUCUUUAUCCUCUGCAGGAGGAUCAAGCUGAGUCAAACAACUCAACUCAUUUUUCCUAGAAUUAACUUUGAAGCUGAGAAAUAAUUCCUUGUUUUGGAAGAUCAGCACAAUAAUUCAAUGUAGCAGAUACAUUAUUUUCCAGGGAACUAAAAAUUUAACGGAGUUCA